GAUCCACCUGCCUCUGCCUCUGGAGUUCUGGGAUUAAAGGCAUCUGCCACUACUGCCCGGCAGCAACUAUUAUGUCUCUACACCAUGUUAUGGGAGCCGAGAAUUGAACCCAGAUACUCAAUAAGAGCAUCUAGUGCCCAUAACCCCUGAGCCAUCUCUCCAGGCCCCUUUGUUUGUUUAUUUAUUUAUAGAUAGAAUUUCUCUGUGUAGCCUCCUCCCCGCCCCCGGUUUUACUUUUUAAUUUUUGUUUGUUUCUUUGGUUUUGUUUUGUUUCGUUUUGUUUUAUUUUGUUGAGACAGGGUUUCUCUGGGUAGCCCCAGCUGUCCUGGAGCUCUCUCUGUAGACCAGGCUGGCCUCGAACUCAUAGAUCUGCCUGCCUCUGCCUCCCAGUGCUAAAGGCGUGUACCACCACCUCCUCGCUCGGCUGCCACCCCCACCGCCCCUUUUUAUUUGUUUGUUUGUUUGUUUGUUUAAGGACGAGGCCUCGGGCAGCUCCAGUGCAAUAUGGAAGGCGAACCACCAAGGUGCUUCUUAGUCCUCCACGGUGCCUAGAGAGACCUUGGAAAGGCAAGGCCUCGCCCCAGCGCGUGGGAUAAUGACGCAUUUCCGGCCUGGGUUUGUUUUUCUGUCACCAGCUAAAGUGAGAACUAAAGGCCAUGAUCAGGGGUAUGUAGUGUCUGUAGUGGCCUGUUCGGGGCCUCGUUUUGGGAAGAGGGUGGCAGUGCGCCCCGUUUUUCCCUUCUAAAAAGACAAGUUCGAGCUGGACGGUCCAGAGACUGAUGGCUGCGGGUGCCGGGCUUUGUACGGUGAAAGUGGAGGAGGACUCACCUGGGAGUCAGAGGUCCUCCGGAUCCGGGGAUUGGCAGAACCCCGAAACUUCUCGAAAACAAUUCAGGCAGUUGCGCUACCAGGAAGUGGCCGGCCCCGAGGAGGCGCUGAGCCGACUCUGGGAGCUCUGUCGGCGGUGGCUGAGGCCGGAGCUGCGCUCCAAAGAGCAGAUCCUGGAGCUGCUGGUGCUGGAGCAGUUCCUCACCAUCCUGCCGCAGGAGCUCCAAGCCUGCGUGCGGGACCACUGCCCCGAGAGCGGGGAGGAGGCUGCGGCCUUGGCGCGGACUCUACAAGGAGCACUGGACCGGGCUCCACCCCAGGGCUUUGUGACUUUCAAGGAUGUGGCCGAAUCUCUGACCUGGGAAGAGUGGGAGCAACUGGCUGCAGCUCGGAAGCGUUUCUGCAGAGCGAGCACAAAGGAGCCUGGGAGCAUCGUUCUGCCUGGCUUGGAAACCAGUGCUUCGAGCACAGACUGGAUUCCAAAGCAAGAAACUUUGAAGGAAGCAGAGCCACAGGCAUGGACACAAGACGUAUCCCAGGGAAAGGUCCCACGAUUUACCAAGGGUGGUGAUACCCUUGAGGACUGGGAGGAAAAGCUGCCAAAAGACACUGUAGUGCUCCAGAGUGCUGCUGAAGAGCAAGGACACACCACCAUCUCACAUCUCACUGGUGUGUCCAAGGAAGAAGGAGUUUCUAAAAAUAGUGAACUGGGGAACAGUGCCAGCUUUGGCCUUGGUCAACACAGCCAGACAGCAAAGAGGCUCAGUACCAAUGGUGACUAUGGGAACGACCACAAACAAGGCUUCCAUGGGAAAUGCCAUGCAGUGACACCUCAGGACCCUGUGGACAGCAGUUUGGGGCUCCGUGAAGACAAACCCUAUAAUUGUGACAGUUGUGGGAAGAGGUUCAGACAGCGCUCAGACCUCUUUAAACACCAGCGGACCCACACAGGGGAGAAGCCCUAUCAGUGCCAAGCAUGUGGGAAAAGCUUCAGCCAGAGUGCUGCCCUUGUUAAACACCAGCGGACACACACAGGGGAGAAGCCGUACGCAUGCCCAGAAUGUGGGGAAUGCUUCAGGCAGAGCUCACAUCUCAGUCGGCAUCAGAGAACCCAUGCCAGUGAGAAGUACUAUAAAUGUGAGGAAUGUGGGGAGAUCUUUCAUAUUUCCAGCCUUCCUAAACAUCAGAGACUACACAAAGGGGAGAGACCAUACAAAUGUGAGGACUGCGAGAAGAGCUUCAAACAGCGCUCAGACCUCUUUAAGCACCAGAGAAUCCACACGGGAGAGAAGCCGUACGUGUGUUUUGUCUGUGGGAAAAGUUUCAGUCAGAGUGCAACCCUCAUUAAACACCAGAGAACUCACACCGGAGAAAAACCUUAUAAAUGUCUUCAGUGUGGUGAAAGAUUUAGACAGAGUACACACCUUGUCCGACACCAGAGAAUCCACCGAACUAUAGUCUCCUAGCUUUCAUAUGUCUCUGCGUGACUCAUGUGGUGGGUUUGCUAUUGCUGCUAUUUCUGAGAAAAAGGUCGCACUGUGCAGCCUCGGCUGACCUGGAAGUAGCUAUGUAGACCAGGCUGGCCUCAAACUUGGAGAUCAACCUGCCUCCGCAUCUGCCUCCUGAGUGAUGAGAUUAAAGGUGUACGCCACCAUGCCCAGCAUGACUUGUGUUUUGAUUGUUCAGUUGUUUCUUUAUCCAGAAACUAUUUUCUUUGUCAUUUGGAACAUUUCAGUCACUCAUAGACAGAUUUCCUUAGGCCUCUCACAUAAGACAGAUUAGGUCUGAUUUGAACCAUUUUGUUUGUUUUUUGAGACAGUCUCAUUAUGUAGCUCUGGCUAUCCUGGAGUAUACUAUGUAGACCUGGCUGGCCUAGAACUCACAGAGAUUCUCCUACCUCUUCCUUCCAAGUGCUAGGAUUAAAGGCAUGUUCCACCAUGCCUGGCUUGAUUUGAACCUUAAUAGAUGCUCUUAUAAAGAAUUUCAUGGGGCGCUAGAGAGAUGUUAAGAGCACUAGCUGUUCUUCUGGAGGUCCUGAGUUCAAUUCCCAGCAACCAUAUGGUGGCUCAUAACCAUCUGUAAUGAGAUCUGGUACCCUCUUCUGGCCUGCAUGUAUCCCUGCAGGCAGAACAUUGUAUACAUAAUAAAUAAAUAAAUCUUAACAAAAAAAUAAUUUCAUGGGCUGGGUGGUGGUGGUGCACUCAUUUAAUUCCAGCACUGGAGGAUAGUGGCAAGAAGAAGCAGGUGGAGCUCUGUGAGUUCGAGGCCAGCCUGGUUAUAGAGGGAAGGAGUUCCAGGACAGCCAAGGCUACACAGAGAAACCCUGUCUCAAAAAAAAAAAAAAAAAAAUUUUUUUUCCAUUGUGGCACAUGCUUUCAGUCCCAGCACUCCAGAGGCAGAGGCGGGCAGAUCUCCUGGGUUUGAGGCCAGCCUAGUCUACAAAGGGAGUUCUAGGAUAGCCAGGGUUACACAGAGAAGCCCUGUUUUGAAAAGAAAAUCAGGGGUGAGGCUGGAGAGAUGGCUCAGCAGUUAAGAGCACCGACUGUUCUUCCAGAGGUCCUGAGUUCAAUUCCCAGCAACCACAUAGUGGCUCACAACCUCCUGUAAUGAGAUCUGGUGCCCUCUUCUGGCCUGCAGGGACACAUGCAGGCAGAAGACUAUAUACAUAAUAAAAUAAAUAUUUAAAAAAAAAAAAAAAGAAAAUCAGGGAAUUUCAUGGUGCAUUUGAAUCCUAUGGCCUCAGGGUUAAGGAGAUGGUUCAGCAGUAAGAGCGCUUGCCACCCAGUCAGACGACCUGAAUUCUAUCCCUGGGACCAACAUGGUAAAAGGGAAAACUGAUAACCCAAAAGGUGUCUCUGCCCUCACGUGCUGUGCCACAUACAUGCCUCACCCCUACACUAAAUAAACAUUUUUUAAAAUGCGCCAAGGCCUGGGACAUUGCUUUGAAGUUUUAUUUUUUCAUUUUAAACAAGUUUAUUUAAAUAAGAUGCUUGACUCAAAGGGAAAACUAUCUAGGAUCAUUUUGUUCAAGAGUAAUUUAUCCCGGCCGGGCGGCAAUGGCAUACACCUUUAAUCCCAGUAUUUGGGAGGCAGAGCCAGGCGGAUCUCUGUGAGUUCGAGGCCAGCCUUGUCUACAGAGCAAGAUCCAAGAUAGGCACCAAAACUACACAGAGAAACCCUGUCUUGAAAAACAAAGAUUUCCCUACAUGUAACAGCUAUGUCCAAAAAAAGUAAUAAAACUGUCCUUGGUUUUACAAUGAUAAAAACAUUAAAAUUCUCCAGUCAAACAAGGUAUGCAAGGAUUUUUAUGGUGUUGGAUUCUUUCAUUACAACAAUGAGAGCAAAAUAACUUACUGGAAUAUAAAGUCAAGAGCUGAAUAAGCAUGCCACUAAUGGAGAAGGGGGAUAUUUUCACAGAACCAGUGCUUUCCCUCAGACCAUCUCCAUCUAAUGUCAGCCGAAACAGAACAGUGGCUAUUCGGUUUAAAAAAGAAGAAAUGGGGACGGAGAAAUGAAAGAAUAAAGGAAACUAUACUGUAGUAGUCAGAAUGUGGUGGAACCAAAUUGCGGCUUUCUAAUUAGGAAUGCAUUCUUGAUCUGUGACAAAAUUGUGGAGUAAAGUAGCAGGUUCUCUUUUUAGUGGACACCUGUCUGCUGCUGGAACAUACCAAUUCCAUCUUCGUCCUCCAUUUCCAGCUGUGCAGGUGUGUCUGAAGUCUGCUGACCCCUUGUCUCAGUAGGAACAGCCUCCUGCUAUCCUAACAACUCCCAGUAAAUUUUGCUUACUGCAGUCCCUUUUUCCUGGAACAGUUCUUUUUCCCUAAUGCUUUGCCACUAAACUCCAAAAGCCAGUCCAAAUAUCCAGAAAUGAGCUCAACUUGGACUAUACGAGGAUUUCUGGCAGUUACAUAAGCCAGCAUUCCUAAGGAACUUUUGAAGCCAGUUUCCCUCUGCCAAAAUGAGUCAAUUCCCCUCCCUCUGGCUAAAGAGACAUAUUGCUACCUAGGGUGUCUAUCGACAUAUCAAAGUGCAUGCUGGCCUCCAGGCUCCCUCAGUAUUACAAGUACUUGUUACCCAUUUCAAAGUCAAUGCUAUAACAUCCUGGCAUCUCCCUAGUUUCCCUUCCCCCAGCUAUUCAUUCUCCUUAUAACCCCACUAUUCUCCAUAUGUUCUAUGUUCUGUUUCUGCCCCCCCCUUUUGAAACGGGGUUUCUCUGUGUAUCCCUGGCUGUCCUCACUCUGUAGAUCAUGCUGGCCUCAAACUCAGAGAUCCACCUCUGCCUCCCAAGUAAUUAAAGGAGUGCACCACCACA